UUUGAUUCUGUUUACUACGCACUGAUAGCCUGCUUCAAAUAGAUCCCGACACGUUCUGUCGACAGAAAAUCAAUGACACAAUCUCGUAUCACGUCACUUGCGAUAAUCACCCGUCGUUGAAUCAGUUUUGACAGCAGGCAUCCUCUUAUCGCGAUAGAAAGGAUACGUACCUCCAAUGUGGCGCCAUAGAAGAGUGAUAAGCAGCUCUUCAAACUAUAAACAACAACGUUCCUCAAAGACCUCAGCCUCCAACCUCCCCCCACUUCCCCCUUACCGACAUCACAGUUUGGCGAAGAAUUAAUUUUUUUUUGCACCCGCAUCGUUCGAAUCAGUUGCUGAGUAAAUACCAACAGCAAUCCUGCCUGUAUAUGCUUGCUUACCACUCGUAAAUGUGAAAAAGAGGAAAACGCUCUGUCCUGACCAAUAAAAGUGACCGGGCAGCCGAGGUCGGGUUUCAGUUUGUGCCGGAGAGUCGCCAGUGUUGGGACACGUCUGAUGCCGAAAAUAUUUCGCUGUGCGAAAAAUCUUGUGAAUCUUAAACAUUAACGUGAAAUUUCCGGAAGAUAUUUUCUCAACUACUGUGAGUGAAUUUUUGUUUUACCAAUAGAGCAAAAUGAUCAAGAGUGUGGAAAACGUGCAGCUACUGAAGCAGUUCAGCAAACUGCUGCAGGCGUCGAAUGCUGCUGCUAGUAUUACACGUGCAAAGCACACCCGAAUUGUUGCAAACGCACUGCGAAGUGAUGGCGUCGCUGGUGAAGGUCAGCGACGUACGCCGGCCGGUAUUGUUGGACAAAACGCCAAAAUGUCCAGCACCAUGACAGUAGCGAAGACAAAGCUGUCGGUCGGGCUGAAAAACUCCCCUCACGGACUGGCAUCGCAGGCCGUAUUCGAUAGGGAGGACAAAUUUGGAGCACACAACUAUCACCCGAUUCCGGUUGCGCUGUCACGUGCUGACGGCGUGUACGUGUGGGACGUCGAGGGAAAGCGGUACUACGAUUUUCUCAGUGCCUACUCGGCAGUCAAUCAGGGCCACUGCCAUCCGAAGAUCGUGCAGGCACUAACGGAACAGGCACAGGUGCUGGCGUUGACAUCGAGAGCAUUCUACUCCAACAUCCUGGGUGAGUACGAGGAGUACAUCACCGGCCUGUUCGGCUACGACAAAGUGUUGCCCAUGAACACCGGUGUCGAAGGGGGUGAAACUGCGUGCAAACUUGCACGCAAGUGGGCAUACAAGGUGAAGAAAGUGCGCAACAACCAAGCGAAGAUCGUUUUCGCCGAAGGAAAUUUCUGGGGACGCACACUGGCGGCCGUUUCCUCCUCGAGUGAUCCUAGCAGCUACGACGGGUUCGGACCAUUCAUGCCGGGUUUCGAACUGGUUCCAUAUAACGAUACCGAUGCACUGGAGAAAGCCUUGCAGGAUCCGAACGUUUGUGCCUUCAUGGUAGAACCGAUUCAAGGUGAGGCCGGUGUCGUCGUGCCAGAUGAUGGUUAUCUCAGGAAGGUCCGUGAACUGUGCACCAAAUACAACGUGCUGUUCAUCGCCGAUGAGGUUCAAACAGGAUUAGCCAGAACUGGCCGCUUACUGGCAGUAGACCACGAAGAUGUCAAACCGGAUAUCUUGAUUCUGGGAAAAGCACUUUCCGGUGGAAUGUAUCCAGUCUCGGCAGUGUUGGCCAAUGAUGAGGUAAUGCUGUGCAUUAAACCUGGCGAGCAUGGUUCGACCUACGGGGGAAACCCGCUCGGUUGCAAAGUGGCAAUGGCCGCGCUUCAAGUUCUGAUCGACGAGAAACUGGCGGAAAAUGCCGAAAGAAUGGGCCACAAACUACGUGCCUCCCUUGCUGACCUUCCAAAGGACGUCGUUUCGACCGUACGAGGAAAAGGUCUACUAAAUGCUAUCGUAAUCAGCUCCGGCGUCGACGCGUGGGACGUCUGUCUCCGAUUGAAAGACAAUGGACUGAUAGCGAAGCCCACCCACGGUGACAUAAUCCGUUUUGCGCCUCCACUGACCAUCAAUGAGCAACAGUUGGAGGAAUGUUUGAAUAUUAUCAAGAGUACGCUUAUGUCAUUCGCCCAUGGAGAGUGAGUAGUGAGCGGUGUCGUAAAAGUAAGUGUAUUUUAUUUUUUAACUGUGUAUCACGCUAUCUCAAUACAUUUUUCUAUUUAUCUUUUUGUCAUAAA